UCAAGUACACAGAGGCCCCGACAAGCCCACUAAGUAGUGAAUGUCUAUAGCAUUGCCAGGGCCCACAGAUUGAAUGUAUGUAAGUGCUAGUGUAUGGCUAUGUAUGUCGGUUUCCCUGUGUGGGUUUGUAUUUAAAUGUCAGUAUGUAAGUACGCAGGUAAGUGCCUUUGUGUGGGUAUAUAGGUAGGUGCCAGUCUUUGAGUGUGUUUGUGGGUGCCAGUCUGUAGGUGCCAGUAUGUGGGUAUGUAAGUGUCAGUUUGCAGGAAUGUUGGUAGGUGCAAGUGUGUGGGUAUGUAGAUCUGUGCCAGUGUGUGGGUAUGUAGGUAUGUGCCAGUGUGUUGGUAUAUAGGUAGGUGCCAGUCUGUGAAUGUGUCUGUAUGUGCCAGUAUGUGAGUAUAUAGGUAGGUGCCAGUCUGUGAAUGUGUCUGUAGGUGCCAGUAUGUGGGUAUGUAAGUGCCAGUGUGCAGGAAUGUUGGUAGGUGCAAGUGUGUGGAUAUAUAGGUCUGUGCCAGUCUGUGGGUAUGUAGGUGUAUGUAUCUAGGUAGGUGCCACUGUGUGGAUAUGUAGGAAGGUGCCACUCUGUAGGUAUAUACGCAAAGGCCAGCCCUUGGGUAUGUAUUAAUAUGAUGCUGCACUUGGCUACAUGUAUCGAGUCUUUAACGAGACUCGCCAGCAUCAGCAUCUGACUCCCUGGAGCUGGCGCAAAGGAUUUUGGUUGAUGUAGUUCAGAUGUCCUUUUUCCCUAUGGAAAAUGUUCGUUUCAAAGACUUCAUCUCCCAUAGGGCAACGCGCAGACGGAAUGCGGCGUCUGGCGCGGGGGCAGUUGGGCAGUGUAGUUCUUUCGGCGCACACGUACUUAAGAGCGGGAGGGAGGGAGAAUUUGGUGGACUACGAGUCCCAGAGAGCAGCGGCAGCGCGGACCUCCUGGACUGUUUGAAGUGCGGUAUCUGCUAGGGCUCACUGCAGAGGGGACACAGUCGGAGGAGCGGAGAGAGUCCCGGGGCGAUGGCGGCCAAGGGGGUCGAGGUGGCACGGAUCGCCAAAAAGCUGGAUAAGAUGGUGGCCAAGAAAAGCAUGGGUGGGGCUCUGGAUCUGCUCCGGGAGCUGAAGAACAUUCCUAUAACCCUGGAGCUCCUGCAGUCCACCCACGUGGGAAUGUCCGUGAAUGCACUAAGGAAGCAGACUAAUGACAAUGAGAUCAUCACGCUAUCGAAAUCUCUUAUCAAGUCAUGGAAAAAAUUGCUGGACGGCUCAGAACAGCCAGGAAAAGAGAAGCCUCAGAUAAUACCCAGCUGUUACAAGGAGAAGGGCUCUUCCAAGAAAAUUGAGGUGCCAAAGACCCCAGUCUCUGCAAAGAUGACACGUUUCCCCCCUCUGCCAGUCACUUCAGAUUCUGUUCGCACCAAGUGCCGAAAGAUGCUGAAUGCAGCGUUACAGACAGAUGGAGAUCCUGUGGCUAUUGGGGCAGAUUGUGAGCUUCUGGCAGCACAGAUUGAGGAGGUGGUGUUUCGGGAGAUGCAGAACACAGAUAUGAAAUACAAGAACAGGAUCCGGAGUCGCAUUUCAAACCUUAAGGAUUCCAAGAACCCAGAGCUUAGGAAGAAUGUGCUCUGUGGCAUCAUUACCACCGAGCAAAUUGCUAUCAUGUCCUGUGAGGAAAUGGCCAGCAAUGAGCUGAAGGAGAUGAGGAAAGCGAUGACCAAGGCCUCCAUUCAGGCGCAUCAGAUCGCAAAGACCGGAGGAACUCCAACAGACCUGUUCUCCUGCGGGAAAUGCAAGAAAAAGAAUUGCACAUACACACAGGUACAGACCCGCAGUGCUGAUGAACCAAUGACCACAUUUGUCGUGUGCAACGAGUGUGGGAACCGCUGGAAGUUCUGUUAAUCGUUUCCAGGCUGGUCAGUGAAAAUCCUCCUCCCUAAACUCGCAGGAAGGUACAUAAUUUCCCCCCACAACCGCCAUCAUGCAGCAAAGACUUUGCUUCAGCAUUUGUUCAAAAAUAUGUAAAAUAUUUGUGUUAAAUAAAAUUUUUUUGC